AUGGCCGCAGUUGAGAAUUCCAUGAGCAAUCUGCUGGCCUAUUGGCACGAGAGGGCCGCCCAUUUGGGUGCGGCCAUUAACUUAGUAGAGUUUUUGUCUGAAGGUAAACAUGAAGAUGAGAUCCAAAUGGAACAGCUCGCCCCUGCUCCGGCCGAGUUAGAGGAUACUCCAGCAGAGGUAGAAGAUCCUAGAGAAGAAAUCAAUCUUGGUACUCCCGAAGAUCCGAAGCCGCUCUUCAUAAGCAAGCUGCUUUCCCGUGAGUUUAAGGAAGAGCUAGUAGCUUUACUUAGGGAAUAUAAAGAUUGUUUUGCUUGGGAUUAUCAUGAAAUGCCUGGUUUAGACCGGAGCGUUGUAGAGCAUAAACUACCUUUGUAUAAUGAUUGUAAACCACAUAAACAGCCACCUCGGCGAUUUUCCGCCGAGGUGCAGCUAGAAAUAAAAAAUGAGAUAGAACGAUUGCUUUAUGCUGGCUUUAUUCGUACUGCUAGGUAUGUGGAAUGGAUAUCUAAUGUUGUGCCAGUUAAAAAGAAGAAUGGCAAAAUUAGAGUGUGCAUUGACUUUCGAGAUCUGAAUGCGGCUACUCCUAAGGAUGAAUAUCCCAUGCCCAUGGCUGAUCUUCUUGUAGAUGGAGCAGCACGCCAUGAAAUUUUAUCUUUCAUGGACGGCCAUGCUGGGUACAAUCAAAUCUUUGUAGCUGAAGAGGAUGUGCACAAGACAGCUUUCAGAUGCCCCGGUGCACUUGGAACAUAUAAGUGGGUUGUUAUGCCAUUCGGCCUUAAAAAUGCUGGGGCUACAUACCAACGGGCCAUGAACAUGAUCUUCCAUGAUCUUAUUGGUCGGACAGUAGAAGUAUACAUAGAUGAUGUCGUCGUCAAGUCUGGCAAGAAAGUGAACCACAUUGCUGAUUUAAGACAAGCAUUCGAGAGGAUGCGAGCUCAUAAACUCAAAAUGAACCCACAAAAAUGUAUUUUCAGAGUUUUAGCUGGAAAUUUCUUGGGUUUUCUUGUGCAUAAAUUGGGGAUUGAGGUGGACAAGAAUAAAGCAAAAUCUAUCAUCAGUGCACCAUCUCCGACAAAUAAGAAGGAGUUACAAUCUUUUUUGGGCAAAGUUAACUUUUUGAGACGAUUUAUAGCAAAUUCAGCAGGAAAGAUCCAACCAUUUUCAUCUCUGUUACGGUUAAGGAAUGAGGAACAAUUUGUUUGGAAGGAGGAGCAUCAGCGCGCAUUGGACGUCAUUAAGCACUACCUUGCAAACCCACCAGUGUUGGUACCUCCAGUUAGAGGCCGGCCGUUAAAGUUAUACUUAGCCGCGGCUGAGUAUUCAAUUGGUAGCUUCUUAGCCCAAGAUAACGAUAAAGGGAAGGAACGAGCUGUAUACUACCUGAGUCGAAUUUUGACGCCUGUAGAGGAAAGGUACACCCCUGUUGAAAAGUUGUGUUUAGCAUUGUACUUUUCAGCCAUAAAGCUACGACAUUACAUGUUGCCGUCAAUAGUCCAGAUUAUAUCAAAGACAGAUUUGAUUAAAUACAUGCUUACUCGGCCAAUCAUCCGCGGCCGUAUUGGCAAAUGGACUAUGGCUCUUUCAGAGUUUACUUUUAAAUACGUGGCGCAAAAAUCAGUUAAGGGACAAGCAUUGGCCGACUUUUUAGCUCACCAUCCGUCCACAGAAAUGGAACUAACAGAAGACGUUGAAAUUGGAACCAUUGACACAAAGCUUAUGCAAAACAACUUUUGGACAAUGCAUUUUGAUGGUUCCAGUACAGAGACUUCAGCCGGAGCUGGAGUUAUGAUUGAAUCUCCUGAAGGAGAAGUGUUCCAAUUUGCCUUUCAACUGGAUUUUUCCUGUACUAACAAUCAAGCUGAAUAUGAGGCCUUGAUCAUUGGAAUGGAGAUGUUACAAGAGAUGGGAGCUCGUCGUGUUCUCAUACUUGGGGACUCACAGUUGGUUAUUAAUCAGCUAGUUAAGGAAUUCAAAUGUACAAGUUGGUCUUUGUUACCUUAUUAUGCAUUAGCAGACCAGCUUGCCGAGGCUUUUGAUAGGAUUUCUUUUGUCCAUAUACCACGAAAGGACAACUCUGAUGCCAACGAAAUGGCACAACUCGCUUCUGGUAUGAAGUUGGGAAAAACUGAGACUAGUCGAACUGUAAAGGUUCUGAGGAGAACGAUGCCUGCCUUGCAAGAUCGUGGCGUACCCGUGGAAAUUUUUGUAAUUACUGUGGAUCCAUCUGAUUGGAGAUAUCCCAUAAUUCGGUUUCAUGACAAUCCUGAAGGUACACAUGAUCGUAAGAUCAAAUAUUUAGCCGCGAACUUCAUACUCUACAAGGAUCAGCUGUAUCGCAAAAGUGGUGAUGACUUGCUUCUUUUGUGCGUCGGGGGACAAGAUGCUCUUAAAGUUCUGCGUGAAGUUCAUCAGGGUAUUUGUGGAGCUCAUCAAGCAGGGAUUAAAAUGCGUUGGUUAAUUCGUAGACAUGGUUACUAUUGGCCGACUAUAAUGAAAGAUUGCAUUGAAUUUGCUCGUGGCUGCAAACAAUGUCAAAUCCAUGGUUCACGUCAACGAGUACCGGCUGAUUUAUUGCAUCCUAUUGUUAAACCGUGGCCGUUCCGUAGUUGGGCCAUGGAUAUAAUUGGAAAAAUUCAUCCCCCAUCAUCCAAGCAACAUGUGUGGAUCCUUGUCGCGACAGAUUUCUUCACAAAAUGGGUUGAGGCCAAGCCGUACACUUCUAUCUCAAGUGAAACAGUGAUUACCUUCAUUAAACAAGAGAUUGUACAUCGGUUUGGCGUUCCAGAAACAAUUGUUGCGGAUCGUGGAUCCGUCUUUAUCUCUGAUGCUGUGCAUAGUACUGCCAAAGAUUUGGGAAUACAAAUGAUUCAUUCUACCCCCUAUUACCCCAAAGCAAAUGGCCAGGCAGAAGCUUCUAACAAGGUGGUGAUUAACGUACUAAAGCGAAUGAUAACAGACAAACCGCGCGAUUGGCAUAACAUUUUGUCCGAGAUGUUAUGGGCUCUUCGAACCUCCAAGCGGGCAGCAACUAGUACAACACCAUUUGCUUUGACAUAUGGCCAUGAUGCCAUGCUUCCAGUGGAAAUGCAAAUCCAAGCCCUACGAGUAGCAGAACAAAAUAGUCUAACUACUGGUGACUAUACUCAAGCAAUGCUACAAGAACUGGAAGAACUGGACCAAGCUAGAUUGGAUGCCUACAACAGGAUUGAAGCUCAAAAACGUGCAAUGGCAAGGGCUUAUGACAAACGGGUUCGAGGCAAGACCUUCGCUCAAGAUGACUUGGUUUGGAAAGCGGUCCUCCCUGAGACCGCAAAAGAUCCAAAAUACGGAAAAUGGUCACCCAAGUGGGAAGGACCAUUCGCAGUGGAUCGAAUCCUUGGUAAUGGAGGUAUCAUCUUUGGGACCUUGAUGGCGAGCUCCAUUACAUGCCUAUCAAUGGCCAGCACUUGA